AGUACUUUUCUACUUUUUAUAUCUCUGUUAUUUUUGGAUUAACGACAGUUAUCUAUUACAUAAUUUUACUGCUUUUGGGGGUCUACGGCAGGCAUAUGUAUUAUAGAUACCCUGUAAAUGUACUUGAUUUCACUGGAGUAAUCAUUUGUAGUAUUGUGGUAUUACGCAAUAUUCGCUCUGGUGAGCAGACCACAUCUUAUUCUAAUUUCCAUAUAUUGUCUUUGGUAUCGUCAGAAUUUCUCCUGGGUUCUCUACUGGCAUACGUUUACAGAUACGGCAUAGUUCCUUUCUUCAAUGGUGUAAAAGAAGAACAAUAUAAAUUUACGAUCGCUGCUAUGGCGCCUGUGUCGGUCAUCAUUCCUGCAGUAAUUCUGAAGCACAUCGCGUUGAGGCGGAGUUCCGAGGUAGUACAUCCUGGUCGGAGUUUUGUGCUGGUGUACUUUAUCCGAGGUGGAGUAAUUUACUUAUACCGUACCAUGCAAGCGGACUUCACAAACAUUUGGCUGUUCGUUGGACUUUCAUUAUUUUCCGGCGUUUUUAACUUUUUGAAGAAAGCAACCUAUCGCGUAAGAAUGAGAUUGUGGAGUUACAUCAUCUCACGGUUGAAGCGAACUGUUUGCUGUCAAAGACUUCACGAAAUGCCUCGUGACACACCACACUACAGAAGGUUAAGAGCGGAUUUAGAAAUUCAAAACAUGCUUUUUGAGUACAUUACACUAGUUCUAAGUCAAGGGAUCUUGGUCUUGUACAUUGUAGAAAGUUUUAAACUUUCUGUUUCGUCCAUCAUUUACGAGACUUUGAGGAACGUCGCUAUUGGCAUUGGAAUCGACUUCUUUUUCAAUGUCUUAUCUAAUUUUGUUCAAUUAUACACAUAA